AUGAUUGACCCAAUUGAUAAAAUUAUUGAAGAAACAUUUGUUUAUAAAAUUGACAUGCUUCAUAAUCUUUCUUUAUCAUCGAAUGCUUCAAUGAUUCGUUACGCUUUAGCAUAUAAAGACUUUAAUCCUAAUGAAAAAUAUCCUGAGGAAGAGAUAGAAUCAAGUUUUGAAUUAACGAAAAAGUAUUGGAAAUAUAAAAUUGAAUCAUAUAAGAAACAAGAUGAAAAAGCAGAAAGGGAUACUAAAAAUAAUGUUUCAAUGGAUGAUUUUCAAUACUAUCACGAUUUAAUCCUUUCAUCUAAAUGCAAAAUGUGUGGUAAAGCGUUUACAUAUGCAAAUAAACCAACAUUGGAUAGAAUCGAUAAUGAAAAACCACAUACCAAAGAAAAUUGUCAGUUAAUGUGUUGUUAUUGCAAUGUCGUAAAAUCAAAUAAAGAUGAAGAUGUUCAACGUUUAAGAAUCAAUUUAAGAAAUUAUGCAUUAAAAAAUAAUUUACCAAUGACUUUAGAUUCAGUUGAAGCUUAUCACAUUCUCCGUAAUGGAAUUACUGGUGGUUUAUCAAAUGUUCAACAUCGUGUUAAUCUUAAAGGAAUCACGCACAUUAAUAAACUUUCAUAUAAUCCAGAAACUAAAACUGUAUCAAAUGAGGACACCACCAACAUUAUGACUCAUUUCGUUGGAGUUGACUUUAAUUCAUUAUAUCCUUCAUCAUUUUCAUCUAAUCCUCAUGAUUUCAUUCAAUAUACUGACCAUAAAAUGUAUAUGCCAGGAAGAUUGAAUGGUGUUAUCAUUUGUGAUACAGCAACAAAGAAAGCAAAAGCACUGGGAAUAAUUAAGAAGAAAAAUACUUUAUUCGUGGCUGAAGUAAAGG